UUUUUAUCGGAAUCGAUCGGAGGAGGAGCCGGAUAUGGCUAGCGCGGUGGGCCCAGCGGGAGAACCAAUCCCAGCGUCGGCGGUGCUGACGGCGGCGGCGAAGCACAUUCAGUUCAACUGCCAGGCCGAGAACGUGGCGUUUCUCAAGUGCAAGAAGAAGGACCCGAACCCGGAGAAGUGUCUCGACAAAGGUCGUCAGGUCACCCGAUGCGUGCUCACCCUGCUGAAGGAUCUUCACCAGAGGUGCACAACGGAGAUGGAUGGUUACGUUGGAUGCAUAUAUUACAAUACAAAUGAGUUUGAUUUAUGUCGCAAAGAGCAGGAGGAAUUCGAGAAGAAGUGCCCGUUGGCAUGAGAGCUUCACCCUGAUCCCGCCAUCAUCCCAAUAAUACGGGCAGUGUCAAAUGAGCAAAUGAUUGGUUUUGUCAUGAAAAACGACUCCUUGUUCGGUCUCCUUUAAAUUUUAGUAUUACGAAAAAAUGAGAGCUACAACUCAAGCCGAU